UUCCGCCCACGAAGGAAACCCUGCUUGACCCCACGAAGCGGUAGCCGUUCGCCCACCCCGUCCAUCGCGGUUGCUACCAGAAGCCAUUCCGAAGCCGCUUCCGCCGCCUUCAUGGAAGGAGCCGCACCAGCCAAGGAGGGCUCAGAGAGUGUGGGAGCCCUCGAAUCCGAGGGCGCCACCCGGCCGAGACCGGAGGAUCUGGUAGCCAGAGCAAUAGCCCCGGUUAAGGCCGAGUACCUCCGUCCUCCGCCUUCUAGGUCGGUUGCCGUCGAUUCUGGAGUCGAGGAUGGCUCCAUCGAGAAGAAGAGCAGUUCCGCCAACGUUGUCGUCAAGGAGAAGAAAUCUCGGCGGCAGCUCAAGAGAGAACGGAAGCAGGAGCAAAAGUCCACAAGAAAUAUCUGUCCAGAAGUAGCUAAAAGUGGCAAUGCUGAUGCAUGCCCUUAUCGUGGUAAUUGCCGCUUCAACCAUGACAUGGAUGCCUAUUUGGCAGAGAAACCACCUGACCUAGAAGGGACAUGUCCGUUCGUCAGCGCUGAAGAGUUCUGUCCUUAUGGAAUAACUUGUAGAUAUGCCAGUACACACAGACAACAAACAUCCUUAAAGUUGGAGGUACCUGCUACUAAGAGCUCUGAAGUCAACAGCCUAAACAAAGAUUUGCAGAAGCUUUUGUGGAAGAACAAAGUUAGUUUUCCAAAUGCAGAUCUUCAGCUCAAACUCCUUGGCCUUGAGCGUGGUAAUGGUGCACGUGCAAACUCAGGAGCGGAUCACAUGAAAAAUCACCCAGAAAAUAAUAUUCACUUGGAUGACAACAAAGAGAUGCUUUGCAGCCUUGGAGCCCCCACAACAUGUCUAGAGAAUGACUGUUUGGAUAAUGGGUCUAUCUCUGAUGAUUCAAGACCUUUGAAGAAGACAAAGAGUCAAGCUGAUAAAAUUGACAGCUCUCCUAAAACUAAAAACUUUGAAGAAAGUCAAGAUAGCUGUUUGCAGAAUGGGCUUGAAGAUGUUUCACCCGAUAAUUUAUAUUCCUCCAAAGAUGAUUUGAGUCUGAAACCACAUGCAAGGGAAAUAAAGCUCAUUGAUUUUAGAGGGAAGCUAUACCUUGCUCCCCUGACUACUGUUGGAAAUCUUCCCUUCAGAAGGAUCUGCAAAGCCUUAGGUGCUGAUAUUACUUGUGGAGAAAUGGCUAUGUGCACAAAUCUCUUGCAGGGGCAAGCUUCAGAAUGGGCAUUGCUAAGGCGGCACUCGUCGGAGGACAUAUUUGGAGUACAAAUUUGUGGAGCUUAUCCUGAUACGGUAGCACGUACAGUUGAGCUCAUAGAUCGUGAAUGUGAAGUUGAUUUUAUUGACAUCAAUAUGGGGUGUCCAAUUGAUAUUGUUGUAAACAAGCAAGCUGGAUCUGCUCUGCUCACGAAACCAUUGCGGAUGAAGAACAUUAUUCAAGCAGCUUCUUCUACACUUUCUAAACCUUUGACGGUUAAGGUGCGAACAGGUUAUUUUGAAGGGAGAAAUCGCAUUGAUUCUCUAGUUUCAGAUAUAUCUAACUGGGGAGCCGGUGCACUGACCAUACAUGGUCGAUCACGACAGCAACGCUAUAGCAAGCUUGCUGAUUGGGAUUAUAUCUAUGAAUGUGCAAAAAAAGCCCCAGAAAGUUUGCAAGUUCUAGGAAAUGGUGAUAUUUUCUCAUAUACUGAUUGGAUUAAACACACAUUGGACUGUCCCAAGCUUUCUACGUGCAUGAUUGCUCGAGGGGCUCUAAUCAAGCCUUGGAUAUUUACUGAGAUUAAGGAACAAAGACAUUGGGAUAUUAGUUCCGGGGAGCGAUUCAAUAUCCUCAAAGAUUUUGUUCAAUCUGGCCUACAUCAUUGGGGCUCCGAUACUAAAGGUGUGGAGACAACGAGGCAUUUCCUGUUGGAAUGGUUGAGUUAUACAUACCGCUAUAUUCCACUGGGCCUAUUAGAUGUAGUUCCACAGCGUUUAAAUUGGAGACCACCCAGCUACUAUGGCCGAGAUGACCUUGAGACCCUAAUGGCUUCUGAUUCAGCUGCUGACUGGAUUCGGAUAUCUGAGAUGUUGCUUGGAAAGGUUCCAGAAGGCUUUACUUUUACACCUAAACACAAAUCUAAUGCUUAUGACAGUGCAGAAAACGGCUAAUACCUGAGAAAGUGCUUUCUUUGGGCUGAUACGAGGAAAGCUGUACUUGUGAAGCUGAGAUGCACACACCGAGACAAUAAAAAAAAAAGGUUACUCAUAGCUGGAUCAAAGAAUCCUGAUGUUGAUACAGUAAGGACUUACUGUUAAAAUCCUUCAAUUUUCUCCAUGUUGAGACUGAUGUAGAAUAUUACUAAUUUGCUUAUAGAACAGUGACAUAAUUGAAGGAAUUAAGUUUAUCUAA